AUGCCGAAACUGAUCCGUAAGGGUCAACACAUCCUACACAAGAAGACGCAGGCUCGACAGAAUGGUGCUUGCCCGCCGAGGACUACCAGGCGCAACGCUUCAAACGGAACGGAGCAGAAUCCCGAAGAGGAGGAAGAUGUGGUAGAAGAGGUGAGCGAAGACGAGGAUGAACCCGCGCUGUUCUUAGGUCGAAUAUCAGCAACUCCGGCGCCAGCAGGGUCACAUAGAGAAACAUCGGUUAGAGCCAAUACUGCAGAGGCGAUUGACCCAACCGAGCUGCCAUCAGAGACGAGGAGGAAAGCCGCGAGCCGAAGAAUUGCCGAUGCAAUCGAGCAGGCUGGCAUUCGAAGCUUGAAUCAGAGUGUUCCCUCAUAUUCCAGGCAGUCGCGUCCGGUACGUACAAACGCUCGAACGUCAGCAAGAAAGGUCGCACAGGAGGCCAAGUCUGAAGACGAAGCGGACCAGGACGACCCGCUUCUUGCAUCCCCCACCCUAUCGCGGCGCUCACUGGGCCCCGCAGUGGCAGUGAAGGAAGAAGCCGAAUUUAUCCAGAUCAAGUCUGAAGAUGAGGACGAUGAUGCUGGAUUCCAGAUAGUCUCGCCGCCAUGCAAGCCUGCGGCUCUGCCCUCGAACGGAGGAUCACUAAGAAGGACACCGGCACCGGCACCAACGCCAGCGCCAGCCACCACAUCGAUGCCGCCUCCAUCUUCCCCACCACGAGCUGCAACGACUGAUCUAGCGCCCGUGCCGACUACACCACCGCCUGUUGCCCAAAGACAAAAGCGAGGGCGAUAUGCUCGCUCGGCCACAGCCUCCGCAAACUCAACUCGAGACGCAAUCGUCGGAAGGCAACCAUCAGCAACGCCCUCAGAUCUGUCUCGGUCUGUCUCAGAGAUUCCUGCGCUGGAGAAGCCAGUACUCGAACGCACAGAUCCAUGGCCAGAGCACUUUCUCGAACUCGAAAGGACCUUCCGUGCCAUCAACACAGUCUACUCCUUCUGUUCAGCUCGCAAGCAUAUGACCACAACUUUCGAUACCAUCAAGAGCAGUGUUGAAGGGCUCACCAGACGGCCCUUGCAGAUCUUUGAUAUUGCGCAGAUCAAGAGCCUAUGUGGUGACCUCAUUCACUUUGCGUACGUCGAGCAUGAUAUGUUGCAGGUUCACAUGGACAGCAGAGCCAACGCAGAGGAUCCCGCGAGCAACACGGUCAAGAAGAAGUCACGUACGCAGUUGCGAGACGAGCUAUACGAGAGAGUGGCUGAAGCAAUCGCAGAUGGCGAUCCAUAUAUUCCGGACAGUCCGAACUCGAUAGCAGCCGCUGCCAUUAGAGCGGCGGCGGCAGUAGACUCUGCUGGCUUUGCGACAACAGGCGGCGGAUUCCAAGAUGUCGCUGAUGAAGAUGCUCAAGGUAGACCUCAGGGCCCGUUGUUGCCUCCUGCCGAGCUCGAAGUACAGCAGCUCCAGGCGAAAGGCAAGCAGAGGGCCAGAGACAAAUACGUGCUGCUAUUUGAAUUCAACGAUGGUACUCUCCAAGGACCUAAAGCGACCGCUCGUGGACGUCCAGGUAUGCGUCGAGGACCCAAAAGGGCGCCAGGCAAUCCCAACGCUAAGCCAAAACAAAACCUGAAGCUGUACUCGCUACCCUCAACAGCAUCCAUGAUGAAGCUCAUCAACAAGCGCAACUUUAAGUUCGAGCAAGCUGUACUCGAGCUACUAGCUGCAUGCAAGGUGAAAGACGAGGAUCCUGUCCAGCUUCUCAUCGAUGCAGCACAUGACCAUGUGCCGCUCAACCCCGAGACGGCUUCCAGGGCAGAAGGUGAUACACCUCAAAAGAAGCGCAUCCGACUCGAGUUCCUGAUGAAGAACCCUCAGCAUCGGCCAAGCAUCGCUUCGGUCAUCGAGGAGAUGAAGAUUGCUCCGUGGUGGAAGGAUCAGAUCGUUCCUGGUGGGCACAAAGUGUUUGAUGAGCGACCGGCGAAGACUGGAGAGCUCAACUAUCUGCUCUCGCAGGGUGUUGUUAACGCACUGUAUGCAACGCAUGGUAUUGAACAGUUCUAUGCGCAUCAAGCUGAGGCGCUCAAUGCCUUGCACGAAAGGAAGAAUGUCAUUGUUUCCACCUCGACGUCGUCAGGCAAGUCGCUCAUCUAUCAGCUGCCUGUACUUGGCGCCAUCGAAGAAGACGGCGACUCGACAGCCAUGUUCAUCUUCCCCACCAAAGCUCUGGCCCAAGACCAAAGGCGAUCGCUGCAAGGCCUCAUCUCCAACUGCGAGGGAGUCGAAGGUGCCAUCGUUGCCACCUACGACGGUGACACAGACAAAGACCUGCGCAAGGACAUCCGCGAGCGCGCCAAUGUCAUCUUUACCAAUCCUGACAUGCUUCAUCAGUCUAUCCUACCGAGUGAGGAUCUAUGGCGACGUUUCCUCCGCAAUCUCAAGUAUGUCGUCGUCGACGAACUGCACAUCUACAACGGCCUAUUCGGAGCGCAUGUCAGCUUCAUCAUGCGUCGGUUACGUCGUAUCUGCAGUGCACUUGGCAACCGUUCUGUUCAGUUCGUCAGUUGUAGUGCUACGGUGGCAAACCCGAAGCAACACAUGCAGACGCUCUUCGGAGUAGAGGAGGUCCAUGUGGUGACCGAGGACGGCUCGCCUGCAGGUCGAAAAGAAUGGCUCAUCUGGAACCCUCCCUACAUCGACGAAUCUGAUCCUGCCCAGGGAAGGGUAAGCUCGUACGCCGAAGUGAGCAAAGUCUUCCGUCAUCUCAUCCAGCGAGGUGUGCGAACUAUCAUUUUCACCAAAGUCAGGAGGACGUGCGAGAUUGUCAUGCGUCAAGUGCGAAAUGACCUUUUGCUGGAGGAUCGACCCGAUGUAGCCAACAAAGUCAUGUCCUACCGAUCUGGCUACUCGCCCCAGGAUAGGAGGAAGAUCGAACAAGAUAUGUUCAAAGGUCAAUUGCUUGGCAUUGUCGCCACCUCUGCCCUCGAGCUUGGUAUUGAUAUCGGAAGUCUAGACGCAGUCAUCAUGCUAGGGUUCCCGUACUCGAUCUCGAGUCUGCGACAACAAGCGGGAAGAGCAGGUCGAAGACAGAAAGAUUCGCUCUCGGUGCUCAUAGGUGAUCCUUGGCCCAUGGAUCAGCACUACAUGCAUUUCCCUGAUGAGAUCUUCCUUCAGCCUGAUGCAGCACUCUCCGUCGACCUCGGCAACGACUUCAUUCUCGAAUCGCACCUCCAAUGUGCAGCCGAAGAAAUGCCAAUCACCAUUGAGGAUGAUGAGCAAUAUUUUGGCCCGCAUCUCGCAACUCUCUGCAAGACAAGACUCGAAACCGACGGUACAGGCUUCUUCUACUGUCGCGAAGAGCUCCGACCCAACCCCGCCCGUGACGUUGCCAUUCGUGGGACCCGUCAAGACAGCUAUUGCUACAUCGACGAUACCCCCGGUCGACCGGGCGGCGCCAAAGUCAUGGAAGAAGUCGAAAUGGAACGUGCAAUCUUUGAAGCUUUCGAAGGAGCCGUAUUCAUGCAUCAAGGCCUCUCCUAUAUCUGUCAAGAUAUCAACCACGAAACUCGCAUCGCACGGAUGGUCCAAGCUGAUGUCAACUACCACACCCGUCCUCGAGACCACACCAACACCGACGCGAUGGAGACCUACCGCAUUCGACGCUUGCGCGAGUCUCCGUAUUUGGCGUACUACGGCAAAGUUACGAUCGCAAGUUAUGUUUGGGGUUACUUCAAAGUGGAUAGACAGGCGAACAUUUUAGAUGCUGUAGAAGUGGAUUGUCCACCGUUCAUCAGGCAUACAAAAGGGUUAUGGAUUGAUGUGCCCACAUGGUUGAUCGAUACGAUGACGGAGAAGAGGAUCAAUGCAGCAGCUGCUAUCCAUGCUGCUGAACAUGCGCUUCUCUCCCUCACACCCAUGUUCGUCGUCUCUGUAGCAGGAGAUGUAAGAACAGAGUGUAAGAUCGCAGAGAAAGAAUACGCGGCCAAACCUAGUUCGCGCAAACGUCCUGCUCGACUCAUCUUUUACGACAUGCCGGGGCAAAAUGGCGGAGUUUGCUCAAAAGCUUUCGAACAUCUUGACGGUCUCAUCCGCAUUGCGAUUAGCGUUAUUGAAGCAUGUCCCUGUACAGAAGGCUGUCCCAGUUGUGUUACGAGUCAGACUUGCGCGCACGCUAAUCUGGUGACGAGUAAGGUGGGGGCUUUGGCAGUACUAAGGGGUAUAGUGGGCAGAGAGCCUUUCGAUCCGGAUCUAGAAUUGCAGAAUGAACCAGGUAUCGCACCUUCACAGUUGGGCGAGAGGGAAAGCGUGCAUGGUACGAUCGCGGAAGCCGUGCCGGUGAGAGUGGCAAAGGAGUUGGGUGGAGCGGUGGAUGUGGAGGAUGUGGAAGAAGUGUUACCGCCCAGCUUGCAGAGAGCGGUGGAUGAAGCGGUUAGGAGGAGAGGUGAGGGUGGAGUCGGGGGGAUCAUGGCGGCGGGACCGAGUGGAAGUAAUGGUACUGGUCCGGGUGGUGGUUUCUUGCCUGGGAAAAGUAUGCUGUUUCAAGAGUAG